GCCAAGCGAGAGAGGGCUGAGCUGGAGGGACUCGGCUUGGCAAGGGUUAAAGGGAAGUGAGCUGCCUUCCUAGAGAGGCCAGGAAGCAAGAGGGGGCAGGUCCUCCAGAGCCAAGGCCCCUCCCUCCCCAGUCCUUUCCUGCUUCGGUGUGUCUCCUGCAAGGGCUGCCUCGCUGCCCCCUCCUGGGAUCUGGAUUUGCUAGAGCUUCUCAUUUAGACGGACAGAACUUGGCAGAAGACCAAAGGGUUCCUUCCAAUCUCUCAGAGGCUUCCUGAGAGCACAGAUGGAUGAGCAAGACUCAGCUGGCCCUGGAACAGGAAGAGGCCAUGCCAACCAAACUGGGAGCAGUGGGGGAUUCUGGGAAAACUCUGUGCAGAAGAUCCUGGUUGAGGAGGACACCCUCUGCUCAGAGGUGCAGAGCCAGCAGUUGAGGCAGUUCUGCUGCCAGGAGGCCAAAGGACCCCGAGAGGUUUGCAGCCAACUCUACCACCUUGACCAUCAGUGGCUGAAGCCAGAAAGGCACACGAAAGCUGAGAUGCUGGACCUGGUGAUCUUGGAGCAGUUCCUGGCUGUCCUUCCCCUGGAGAUGGAGAGCUGGGUGAGGGACUGUGGAGCGGAGACCACUUCCCAGGCGGUGGCCCUGGCCGAAGGUUUCCUCCUGAGUCAGGCAGAGGAGAGGAAGCAGGAACAGAGAAAGCAGGGAAAGGAUCUCUUUGCAGAAAUGGACCUGGAUUCCUGUGAGGCAGAGAGGCCUCCGUUGGACACCAGAGAGAGGCCACUGGGUGGCAGAAGGAUGCCGGCAAGACCUCCUGAUCCGCCUUUUCAUGGGGGCAGAAGGGAAGCAGCGGCUGUGGAACCAGAUCAGGGUCCAGUGUGCUUUGAAGAUGUCGUUGUUCGUUUCACGGACGAGGAGUGGGCGUUGCUGGAUCCUGACCAGAGAGCUCUGCAUAAGGACGUCAUGGAGGAGAAUUGUGGGAUCAUGUCCUCUCUUGAUUGUGAUGAAACGGAAAUCGAGAACAAAGGUGACCACGACAAAAUCCCCAGAGAGGAGAAGCCACGCAAAAAUUUGGAGUGUGGAGAAAGCUGUAGUCAGAGCUCCAAUUCCACUUCCCAUCAACAAAAUCUCAUUGGAAAGAUACUCUAUCAGUGCAUGGAAUGUGGAAAGAGGUUCAGGAAGAGCUCCAUUCUCACUUACCAUCAAAGAAUUCAUACAGGGGAGAAACCAUAUCAGUGUGUGGAAUGUGGAAAGAGCUUCACUCACAGCUCCAAUCUCACUUCCCAUCAAAGAAUUCAUACAGGGGAGAAACCCUAUCAGUGUGUGGAAUGUGGAAAGAGUUUCAGGCAGAGAGUCAGUCUCACUUCCCAUCAAAUAAUUCAUACAGGGGAGAAACCCUAUCAGUGUGUGAAAUGUGGAAAGAGCUUCACAUGUAGCUCCUCUCUCACUUCCCAUCAAAGAAUUCAUACAGGGGAGACACCAUAUCAGUGUGUGGAAUGUGGUAAGAGCUUCAGGAAAAGCUCCUCUCUCACUUCCCAUCACACAAUUCAUACAGGGGAGAAACCCUAUCAGUGUGUGGAAUGUGGUAAGAGCUUCAGGAAAAGCUCCUCUCUCACUUCCCAUCACAGAAUUCAUACAGGGGAGCAACCGUAUCAGUGCAUGGAAUGUGGAAAGAGCUUUAGUCACAGCUCCCAUCUCACUUCCCACCAAAGAAUUCAUACAGGUGAGAAACCCUAUCAGUGUGUGGAAUGUGGAAAGAGCUUCACUCAUAGCUCUUCUCUCACUUCUCAUCACAGAAUUCAUACAGGGGAGAAACCCUAUCAGUGUGUGGAAUGUGGAAAGAGCUUCACUGAUAGUUCCAAACUCACUUUCCAUCACAGAAUUCAUACAGGGGAGAAACCCUAUCAGUGUGUGGAAUGUGGAAAGAGCUUCAGGAACAGUGCCCAUCUCACUUCCCAUCAAAGAAUUCAUACAGGGGAGAAACCCUAUCAGUGUGUGGAAUGUGGAAAGAGCUUCAGGAAGAGCUCCCAUCUCACUUCCCAUCAAAAAAUUCAUACAGGGGAGAAACCCUAUCAGUGUGUGGAAUGUGGAAAGAGCUUCAGGAACAGUGCCCAUCUCACUUCCCAUCAAAGAAUUCAUACAGGGGAGAAACCCUAUCAGUGUGUGGAAUGUGGAAAGAGCUUCACUGAUAACUCCUCUCUCACUUCCCAUCACAGAAUUCAUACAGGGGAGAAACCGUAUCCGUGUGUGGAAUGUGGAAAGAAUUUCACAGAUAGUUCCUCUCUCACUUCCCAUCAAAGAAUUCAUACAGGGGAGAAACCCUAUCAGUGUGUGGAAUGUGGAAAGAGCUUCACUGAUAGCUCCUCUCUCACUUCCCAUCACAGAAUUCAUACAGGGGAGAAACCCUAUCAGUGUGUGGAAUGUGGAAAGAGCUUCACUGAUAGCUCCUUUCUCACUUACCAUCACAGAAUUCAUACAGGGGAGAAACCCUAUCAGUGUGUGGAAUGUGGAAAGAGCUUCCGUCAGAGCUCCGAUCUCACUUCCCAUCAAAGAAUUCAUACAGGGGAGAAACCCUAUCAGUGUGUGGAAUGUGGAAAGAGCUUCAGUAGGAGCUCCAAUUUCACUUCCCAUCAAAGAAUUCAUACAGGAGAGAAACCCUAUCAGUGUGUGGAAUGUGGAAAGAGCUUCACUGAAGGCUCCUCUCUCACUUAUCAUCAAAGAAUUCAUACAGGGGAGAAACCCUAUCAGUGCGUGGAAUGCGGAAAGAGCUUCACUCGUAGCUCCUCUCUCACUUAUCAUCAAAAAAUUCAUAAAGGGGAGAAACCCUAUCAGUGUGUGGAAUGUGGAAAGAGCUUCAGUCAGAGCUCCGAUCUCACUAAGCAUCAAAGAAUUCAUACAGGAGAGAAACCCUAUCAGUGUGUGGAAUGUGGAAAGAGCUUCAGUCAGAGCUUCGAUCUCACUAAGCAUCAAAGAAUUCAUACAAGGGAGAAACCCUAUCCGUGUGUGGAAUGUGGAAAGAGCUUCACUGAUAACUCCAAUCUCAAUUCCCAUCAAAGAAUUCACACAGGGGAAAAACCCUAUCCGUGCGUAGAAUGUGGAAAGAGCUUCAGAAAUAGCUACUCUCUCACUUACCAUAAAAGAAUUCAUACAGGGGAGAGACCGUAUCAGUGCGUAGAAUGUGGAAAGAGCUUCACUUAUAGCUCCCAUCUCACUUCCCAUCAAAGAAUUCAUACAGGGGAGAAACCCUAUCAGUGUGUGGAAUGUGGAAAGAGCUUCAGGAAGAGCUCCUGUCUCACUUCCCAUCAAAGAAUUCAUACAGGGGAGAAACCCUAUCAGUGUGUGGAAUGUGGAAAGAGCUUCACAUGUAGCUCCUCUCUCACUUCCCACCAAAGAAUCCAUACAAAGGUCGGAAAAACCAUUUUAUACCUUUAGGAGCCAGGCAAAUCCGCACCUUUUUAACCAGGCCUUUUUCUUAUUGACAUCUAAUGAUGUUUUGUGUUUUUAUGUUGUGUUUUUAUGUUCUAAGCAUUCUGAGACUUGUGGGUGUAGGGAAUACAGCCACUCUUAAAUUCCUAGGGGUCUUUGCCCCCCAUAAAAUAUAUGUGUUUGCUUGGUA